AUGAGGUUUUCCGUUCUUCUGGGGGUUUCACUCUUCAUCAUCGCCGCCCAAAUCCCCUUUGCUGGAGGGUUCUCCAUCGCGACAUCAACGGCGGUAAACCUGAGAACUGGAAACUCGUGUCAACUACAAUUCACGAUACCACCACCAGAGAGAACAACUUUCAGGUUUACCCCCAGCAUUGUUAGGCACACCUACCAGCCACCAAAGGCUAAUACCUUGCAACCCCUUCGAACCUCUCUAACUCUCCAAGAUGAACAGAUCAAGAUCUCAUCAUGGCGGAAAAGGAGACGGAAUUUUCUACAAUCAACAAGGUUGGCAGUCGGGGUGCUAUUUGCUUUGACCACAGUUUCAUCCAACACAGCCUGGGCGGCUUCUUCAGCUGCUGCUGCUACUACUAGCUCUCCAUCAUUGCUGGGCUCAUUGUGGGGAAAGCGCACUCUACCCAUUGCCCGUACUUGUCGCAAGAUCAUCAAGCUUUCGUUGCUGUCAUUCUUGAUGAUUCGGUGGCUGCGACUACAAAAAAGACUGUCCUUGGACCCGACUUCGGAAUGGUCACGGUAUGCCAACCAUCCAGGCGCUCGAGGACGGGCACUGGGGUCCUUGGUGUGCUUACAGAUUUUCCCAUUGUGGUUAGUGACUCGAGUACUGCAACUCUGUAAGCGCAAGGAGUUGGCAGAAAGGAUCAGAACAAGAACCGGCAAUGUCUUUGCUGAUGGCCUGUUGAAGUUGGGACCGUUGUAUAUCAAGAUGGGUCAGAUCUUGUCCUGUCGCGACAAUCUGUUGCCUCCUGCUUGGAUCACUGCCAUGGAAAAGUUACAAGACCAAGUGCCUUCUAGGCGUGGCAGGGACGCUCUGGAACUGGCAUAUGAAGCAAUGGGAGGGAAAGACGAAUUCAAUCGAGUGUUUUCUGAUUUCGACCCAGAACCACUGGCAGCCGCUAGCCUGGGACAAGUUCACAAGGCUGUCUUACAUGACAACGUGCGGAUAAAGGGCAAAGAUGAUGAGACCAAUGGAGUAGUGGCAGUGAAGAUUCAACGAGCCAAGUUGCGUGAAAUCUAUGACCAGGACUUGGUUGUAAUGAAUAAACUGGCUGCCUUUAUGGACAAAAUGGGGGGUAUCAAAUCCAAUGUUGGUGGGGUGAGUCAGAGUUGGACUGACAUCUUCUCAGAUGCUGAAGAGAUUCUGUACAGAGAGAUUGAUUAUCGUGACGAAGCUACCAAUGCAAGGCGGUUUGCGGAUGACUUUGGCCUCGAUAUUGGAGGGAAACCCUUGAAACGACAAUCCUCGUCUUCUGCUGCUGUGGAUCAUAGCAAGAUUGCAACGUCCAAAGAUGGGGAACCGCUUCCAAGUGCUGCUUCGUGGAUCCGUACCCCAUACGUUUACACGGAUCUGUCCACAGAGAAGGUGUUGGUGAUGGAAUUCGUACCGAGCAUCAAAAUAACCAACAAAGCCAAAUUGGAUGCUGCCAACGUGACAAUGGAGGAACGAGAAUACUUAUCGGACAUGUUGGCAAGGUCCUAUCUUCGACAAUUCUGUUGCAACUUGUUCUUCUCAACCGACCCUCAUCCCGGAAAUUUGGGAGUGGAACUAUUGGAUCGUAGGACGAGGACAUCAAAGGACAGUCGCCGUGUCCGGUUGGUGUUCUACGACUUUGGCCAAGCAGCGAGUCUCAAUGUAAACCAAGCGGAUGGCAUCUUGGAUAUCAUGGAAGCCAUUAUUGACUUGGACGUGGAACGCUCCGUGGACGCCUUUCAAACCAUGGGAGUACUGAAUGAGGAUGCCAACCUGGACUUGGUUAGAGCCAAAGUUGCAGAGAACUAUCGCACUGGCAAAGUGAAGGCCAACCAGAAAAAGUUGAAACGGAAAGGUUAUCAAUCCACGAGAGGAGACAGUACGGCUGCCAAAGCAAUGUCAUCAAACGCCACGACAGCUGUCUCAGAGGAAACUCCAGCUUCUACGAAAGACUCGGACGUAAUGAAGUUCUUCUCGUUGCCAGCCGAAUAUGCCUUUGUUGCUCGGGCUCUGUCUCAAAUGGAUGGUGUUGGCAAGACACUGGAUUCCGAUUUCGACUUUGUGUCGUCAGCUGCUCCUUACAUUGUAGAAAUCAAAGGAGCCACCAAAUACCUCAAAGAUGAGCUAAAGAAACGAUGGUCGAACUUCGUGACGGAACUUCGUAGUCCGUACGGCAAAGUAAAUAAGCUAACGAAAGUGUAA